AUGUCGCCCGAAGAGAUCGAGGCCAUGUUCCGGGCCGGGCGAGGCCCGGUCCACUCUGGGAGCGAUGACGACGAAGAGAUCACGUUAUCACAGGAGGAGCAGGCGCUGAGGACCCAUCAAUUGAAGAAUUGCCUCAUGACGGCCCAGCUCCUGUGGUCGUCCGGUUCCUCUGACCUGGACCAGGUCGUGGAGAAACUGGCUGAUGGCAGUCGUGAUGACAAAGCUUUGCAAGAUAUGCAAAAUGACUUAUCAUUGGAGACAGAUGAAAACAGAGCCCGCGUUCUGGCGGCCAACAGUCUCCCCAGCAUCAUCAGGCUCCUGAAUGAUGACUCCGUUCUUGCCUUUGUGAUACCCGUUCUUUACAACAUCUGUGUUGACUAUGGUGUGUACUACCUGGAUUCAGAGAAUAACAAGGGAGGAUUUCUAACAUAUUUCUUUACAGAGCCAGCACAACUUGCCGCUUCCCAGGCCGGACUGAGCUCUGCCCUGGUCGGGCUGAUAUCUGGCCCACGCCUACGGCACUGUCAGGCCUUUCUCAACAUAAUAUGCAAGGUGCUGGGCUUUGUAGCCGUUCAAGACCCCGAAGUCAAUGUGGCCGAUCCGGCAACGCCCAUCUACCUCCUGAACCUCGCCACCAACUCGUCCAUGCUCAUCGACCUCGAGGACUUUUGUGCCCUCACCUCAGUGGCACUCGUGUACCUCGCCAACGAGAAAUUCCAACAAGCCCUCAUCAGCCACAAAGCCGUGCCGACCCUGCAGGCGGCCUUCUCCCGUUCGUACACCCAGUUCGACGUGGACCAGGCCGACCCAGACGAGGCCGCCCAGCUCAGACAGGUCCGCAACGCCUUCGUCCAGGUCAUCGCCGACGUGUCUGCCCUGCCCGAGUUCCCGCUGGAGUACCCCCUGACCAGCACGGCCGUGCACACCUUCCGCAGCUGGCUCAGCAGCGGCUACGGCUACGCGGGCCUCGAGACGGCCGCCUGUCUCGCGCUCGGCAACCUCUCCCGCUCCGACGAGAGCAGCACCUUCCUGGUCCAGGUGCAGGCGAUCCAAGACCCCCUCAUCGCCCUCCUGUCCAAACCCUACCCGACGGGCGGCCUGGCCGUCCCUCCCGGCCAGCCCCCCCCGGGCCAGGGAGACACCCUGCCCCCCUCGCAGCUCCUCCACGCCAUCCUCUCCUUCCUCAAGAACCUCGCCAUCCCGCAGGCCAACAAGCCCAUCCUGGGGGCCCACCUCCUCGCCGCGCCGCAGCACAUCCUCCCGCGCCUCUGGUCCGCCACCGCGACCCAGCCCCAGACCCAGUUCGCCGCCGUCUCCCUGACGCGCCUCCUGCUCGUCGCCUGCCCCGCCAACGUCGGCCGCUUCUGCGCCCCGCUGUCCCAGGACCCGGCCUCGCCGGCCCGCGACCGCUCCAACCUGCACGUCCUGUCCAGCCUCUUCGGCCGCACCGACGCCGAGCCCACCAAGAUGGAGGCCGCCCGCGCCGUCGCCGCCGUCUGCCGCGUCCUGCACUCGUCCCCGUCGUCCCCCCUGAUCCCGGGCGACUGGGGCCGCCCGCAGGACGCCUCCAUCCUGCAGGACGUCGACAGCGCCGGCAGCGACGACACCACAGCGAUAACAACGCCAGAGAACGCCCACCGCGCCCGCUUCUACGCCGCGCACGCGGCCGACCUCGUCCGCCUGCUCGGCUUCCUCCUCACGCAGACCAAGUUCCCCUCCGUCCGCUCCGAGGCCUGGUUCGUCCUCGCGCUCAUGAGCCGCUCCGACGACGGCGCCAAGGUCGCCAUCCGCGUGCUCGAGCCCCUCGAGGCCUGCCGCGCCCUCGUCGAGACCGUCACGGGCAAGGACAUGCUCGACGGGCGCGACCUCCAGCCAGCCGGCGGCGGGCCGGCAGAGGAAGCGAGCGGCAGCCUGUCGCUGAUGCAGGGCGGUAGCGGCGGCAGCAGCGGCGGCGCGGAUAGUGUCAUGGCCGGCCUGGGGGGGUUGGAGCUCGAGCCGCAGCAGGUCGACCCGGCGCAGGCGGCCAACAUGGCCAAGGUCGACAGGGAGAACGGCCUCGUGCUCGUGGCGCAGCUGGUCAAGGAGCACUCCGAGUACCUGCCGCCGCCCAGGUACAGCAUCUUUGUGGAGAUGGUCAAGAAGGGCGGAGAGAUUGUCCUGCACGAUCGCGCGUGA